CGCACUGUUCCGAAUUGCCCUCCAUAAUUGACGUUUAUGUACAAUGGGUUCCCAAUCUCAAUCUCCCGCAGUUGAAACCCUAGAUCACAACUCAUCACAAAACCUAGCUUCCCAUGAUGCCCAGCUUCAGGCGUCUGAUAAUUCCUGUCCAAAUCAAGCAUCAGAGGAGCAAAAACUCAAGAUUCAGAGGCCGUUAUUGUCGGAAAACGGAUUGACAAACACUCACAGCGGCACCGACAGGGACCAAUCAGGCGGCGAGGAAGAAACUAGCAGUAGAAGGAGACGGAGGAGCCGUUGGGAUCCACCUCCCACUGAAUUUACCAAUGAUGGGACCGGCGGCGGUGAUGGAAGUGGGACUGGAAGAAAGAGGAAGUCGAGGUGGGCUGACGAUGGGCCCAAACCCGUUAUUCAAUUGCCGGAUUUCAUGAAAGAUUUCACUGGAGGUAUUGAAUUUGAUCCUGAAAUUCAAGCUCUUAAUAGUAGAUUACUUGAAAUUAGUAGGAAAUUGCAAUCGGGUAUGCCCUUGGAUGAUAGACCUUAAGGUGCUAGGUCGCCUUCACCUGAACCUAUAUAUGAUAAUAUGGGAAUUCGUAUAAACACCAGGGAGUUUCGUGCACGAGAAAAGUUGAAUAGGGAGAGACAAGAGAUUAUAUCACAAAUCAUUAAGAAGAACCCUGCUUUUAAACCUCCUGCUGAUUAUAGGCCUCCUAAGCUUCAAAAGAAGCUCUACAUUCCCAUGAAGGAGUUCCCUGACUAUAAUUUUAUUGGGCUGAUUAUUGGUCCAAGAGGGAAUACUCAGAAGAGGAUGGAAAAGGAGACAGGAGCAAAGAUUGUAAUUCGAGGCAAAGGGUCAAUCAAGGAGGGCAGGUUCCAGCAAAAGGGGAAUUUGAAACCCGACCCUGCUGACAAUGAAGAUUUACAUGUGUUGGUGGAAGCUGAGAACCAGGAGUCCGUUGAAGCUGCUGCCGCUAUGGUGGAGAAGCUCUUGCAGCCUGUUGAUGAAGUGCUCAAUGAACAUAAAAGGCAACAACUUAAGGAACUUGCUGCUUUGAAUGGAACAAUUAGAGAUGAGGAGUUUUGUAGGCUAUGUGGUGAACCAGGGCAUAGGCAGUAUGCAUGUCCUUCUCGCACCACCACCUUUAAGAGUGAAGUUCUCUGUAAAAUAUGUGGUGAUGGGGGACAUCCUACUAUCGAUUGUCCAGUGAAAAAUACUACCGGCAAGAAAAUGGAUGAUGAGUACCAGAAUUUUCUGGCAGAGUUGGGAGGUACUAUUCCUGAAUCAUUAACAAAGCAAAGCUCAGCAACGCUAGCUCUAGGCGCGGGAAACUCAGGAAGCAAUCCUCCUUGGGCAAGCAAUAACAAUGCUGGUGGUGCUGGUGCCAGUUCACAUCCUGGCUUAGGGUCAAGCAUACUAAAGCCAAAGGAGUUUGACGAGACAAACUUGUACAUAGGUUACUUGCCACCUACUCUUGAAGAUGACGGUUUGAUCAAUUUAUUCUCUCCAUUUGGUACCACUGUGAUGGCUAAAGUUAUAAAGGAUCCUCUAAGUGGUCUGAGUAAAGGUUAUGGGUUCGUUAAGUUUGCGGAUGUUCAACAAGCUAAUAGUGCUAUAACUAGCAUGAAUGGCCACCGUCUUGACGGAAGAACCAUUGCUGUGAGAGUUGCAGGUAAGACGCCUCAGCCUGCUGUGCCUCCAGGACCUGUUCCGGCAAUGCCUUCAUACCCGGUUCCUAAUCAGAGUAUGGGGACAUAUCCGUCCCAGCAGUAUGCAGCUGGUGGUCCUAUUGGCAAUGCUCCUCCUAGUAGCUAUCCCCCACCUGGUACUCCAGUUCCAUGGGGACCACCUGUGCCUCCGCCAUAUGCCCAGUACCCACCUCCUCCUCCUGUCGCAGGUCAACCCAUCCCUCCAUAUGGAAUGCAGUAUCCUCCUUCAAUUCCAGCAGCAUCUUCUGGUGCCCCUGCUCAGACUGUUUCUUCUGGUGAAAACCAACAAACUUUCACAUCUCCUGGUGAGGCACAACAAAGCUAUCCUCCUGAAAUGCAAUCUCAGAAUGUGUAUGGUAACUCUGUCACAACAAUGCCACCUAAUGCUCAGCCUGCAUAUCCAACAUCAUCAUACAGCUAUCCAUCUUAUUAUGGUGUCGCACCACCACCCCCUCCUCCAUUUGCAUCCCACUCCAAUGGGAACCAUUCACAGGGUAUGAGUAAUGUUCCCUGGGCUCCGAAUCCACCAACUCAUGCACCUCCAUCAUCAGCGGAGAAGCAUGCCUAUGGUGCGGAUGCAGAAUAUGAGAAGUUCAUGUUAGAAAUGUAGUCAUGAUGCAAUUGAUGCAUCACCUGCACUAUUAGGUUGGAAAUUUCUUACCAAGUCUAUUUCCAAAUUUUCUGUUUGAUAUCCUCUGUGUGCUGUUUGGUGUUCAGUUUUCAGGCAUUUACACAUAUAUAUACAUUCUCAUCUUUAUGCUAGGAUGUAUACAUCAAAAAGUUUGAUUCUUUUUAAAUCUCUAUCCUUCUAGUGUCGGAUUUUGGCUUGAAACAGAAUUUAAACUAGUGGAGGAGAUUUUUGAAUUUAUGGUCUGUAUAGUACACCAAAAUGUCAUUUAAUAUUGUAGUCUUGAAAAUAUGUGGGAAGUAAAAAUUUAACAAAAAAAUCUUUUAAUCCUAUUAUUACUAAAAAUUGGGUCCCUCUAAUUUGGAUGCCUUAUUUUCUCCGGCCCUGUUCUCCAGCGUCCUGACUUUCUGUCUCUCUAUAUAUACGUAAUAUGUGUGUAUUGGUUUGUAUGUUCAUGAAUUCUUGAAAGAUAUGGGAUUCUUCCUGAUUGCAAGUAUCUAUAUUCAAACCUUGUUCCCCCUUCUGUUCACUAUUUUUUUUAGAGCAGUGAGCAAUUCAUAAUUUAUUUGUUACUUCAUAAUUUUCGUUCUUAAUGCUUCUCCCUUUGUUAAUGUUGUAAUAUUUUGAGAGGCUGAUGUGUUGGAGCAUUUCACCUGAUUUCUUCCCUCUUGCCAUGACUUAGUUGUUGGAAGUUUCAAACUCACAUCUUUAACCUUGUUGUACUAUUAUGCAGAGAGAUGAGACAUUCAGUUCAUUCAGCUUGUGUUGGACAUUAUAUCAGUGAAUUAUGGACAUUAAUUUUACUUUUUGUAGGAUUCGUUUCUGGGGUUUGCCUUGCAGCAUUGUUUUCCAAAUUUUAUUUUAAAUGAUUUGUUGGAUUUUCUUGAUGACUAAUCAUACACAGUUUGUGUGUUUCUCUCCACUUUGGCUUCUUCACCACUAAUCCUCCUUUGAUUAUUUCUUUAACUUGGUAUCUCUUUUACUUUGUGCGGUCAUUUAACUAUUGAGAGUUUAGAAAGCAGUCUGAUGCUUGCCUCUGCUAUUCCUCCCAAAAGGUGAUGCCCCUUCAAAUUUUGAAGGUUCCCAAGGGUAUGUGAAUUUGAUACUGUGAUGACUGCAUUCACAUGUUUCAGAUUAAUUUUAUUACUCAUUCUGAUACAUUUCCAGAUGUCUUGUGACAGGAAAAGAUGCUUGUAUUGGAAUGUGUUAUCCUGUGCUGGGCUGAUUUGUGUUUGAAAAUCACUUAUCUUGUUGGGAGUCCUAGUUAGAACUUUAUUUUAGAUUUUCUGUGAUGUUUAUCAAGAAAGUUUUCUGUGCAAAUGGGAAUUAACUGACCAAUGGGGAGAAGUGAGAAUUAGUAGCAUUUAAAUGUGAUGGGCUAAACUAGGACAUUUCUAACCUGGCUAUGAAAUUUUUAUUUGAAGGGGGUGGGGUGUGUGGGAAUCAAGUACAUGACUAUUUCAAUAGUCUUCCAAUGAAGAGCAGUGCUCUAGCAGGAAGCUAGCAGUCACUUUGAAUUUGACAUUGUUGUCUUAGAUUUUGAUUUGUGGCGCGGAAGUCUUAGAGAAAUGGAAAGCACUAGCAGGCAAAGUGGUUGAAUCACAUAGUAAAUAGGAGAUCUCGUGAGGAUUAAUAUAUUUGUAGAUCUCUUUUAUUCUUGUGAAUACGUAGUUGAGACAUUUCAAGCUACAUCUCCCUUAGAAGUGUUAUUUUACUUUUUGCUCUUAAGGGCUUUACUCUCAUCCAAUCAUUUUCUUGAGAUGUAAUAUGUUUCUGUUAAUUUAUUGAAUUUUUUGGGGGAAAGAACUUGGGUGGGAUGCUGUCCCCAGGUGUUCACAAAUUAACUGUGGAUAGUUUUUGGUUGGAACUUGAGACAUGACUUCUUGUGUGGGUUCUCAUUGUGUAACUACGCUCAUUAAUGCCUUAAUGUUUCUGUUCUUAUCUCUUUACUGAUCCACCAAAUGUCUGGUAUUCUUGAGACAACUAGUAGACCUAAAUGUCUUUGGUAAGAUUUUAGGACCAUUCAAGCUUCUGGUGUGGUCGAUCAUAUUUUUGUAUGGUGAGUUUGGAUAAUUUGUCGAAGCUUAGUAUUUCUGUUUAGCGUUGGUUUUGGCAUCUGGUAUAUUUGGAUAUAGGUUCACUAUUGCUGUAUUAUUUUGUUUCUUUUUCCUUUUUAGGCCUUCUGUUUUAGACUAACUCCUUUUAGUUGGUUGUUAGUAGCGUGUACUGAUAACAGGAAUGGCUCCCCAUUUCAGAAGAUCUCUUGAUUCAUUCAUCGUUUCACUGGUGGACAAGUUAAUAUUAGGCGUACAGGAAGAACUCAUCUAGGCACUUGUUAGUUCUGAAGUAUCAGUUGCAUUCUUUAGGUUGAAUUUGAACCUAUAUUUCUUUUGGGGUGGGAUGGGGGUCUAUUUUUACUUGUUAUAGCAUAACUAUGCAUGAUUUUUCUUUCGUCUUUGUCCUUUUCAUGAAAUCAGGAUCUACUCAAAAUUGGUUUGUGAGUAAAGAUGGUUGUCCCUAUUUUGUUUUGGUGGUCACAUCCUGGGCAUGAAAAUCAUUUGAGUGAAGAAUUAGUUUUGGAGCUUGUCAAAUAGCUGGUAACACUGGACCGUAUUGAUUUGGCUAUUCAAUUUGUUUUCUCUCAGUUAGUCCUGUGCAUGAUUUUCCCAAUGUUUAUGAUAUGUCGGUUACCAUCAGCUUAGUGGUUGGUGGAAGUCUAAAAGCAGGUUUUUGUUUUUCUCAAUUACUGCAUUCUUCUUCUUUUUCUACUUUGUUAUUGUUUAUUUUGAGGGGCGCCUAAUGACAAAUGAGCAAGGACUACUGGAUUCGAAAAAAUGGAGUUGUUUUCAACCUUGAGUUAUCUCCAGUGGUUACAUAAGUUAGCCGCUGUGCUGCUGUGAUAUGGGUGUCGGAUGAUAAGAGUUCUUUUCUCUUCAUGCCUGGAAAGUCUAAUGCAGACCAAGUCUCUGAUAGAACGCAGCUGAAUCUUCUAAAGACGAUUUAAGGAUCUUGUUGUACUGUUGGAAUGCAUGAUACCGCCAUUUCCCCUCUCAAGUUAAAACUUAAAACUCAGUUUGAACUGAAGAGAGGACGACUUAAAGUCAGUUUGAACUUAAAAAGUUCUUCUAAAGAUGAUUUAAGGAUCUUGUCGUACUGUUGGAAUGCAUGAUAGUGCUAUUUCCCCUCUAAAUUAAAACUUAAACUCAGUUUGAACUUAAAAAGUGUAUUCUAAUAUUGUUGGUGCAAUAUACGCAAAAGAAGGGAACACAACUAAAUGUAAACACUGA